GGCAAAUAUAUUUUUGUUUACCAAUAUAAACCAGAGAAAUGCUGAAUUAUUUGAUAUUCGUGAUAAUAGAAAUUCGAAGAUUCCUGACCAGCGUUUCUGCAAGCGAACCGAAAUCUCGCAUUAAAAAUAAUAUUAGUUUAAUUUCUACAGUAUAUUAUGAUGAUGGUGCCGUGAAGUUACGUCAGGACGACCAACUAAACAACCGGCCUAUCAUCGGCGUUCUUUCACAAGAGCAAUCCUUGUUUCUACGCGAGAAAUAUCCAGAAGAAAACUAUACUAGUUACAUAGCUACCUCCUAUGUAAAAGACGUUGAAGCAUCGGGCGCUAGAGUCGUACCUAUUUUAAUCGGAAAGGAUCGUGACUAUUAUGAAGAAUUAAUGAAAAAAAUUAAUGGAGUGUUGUUUCCCGGUGGUGCGACAUAUUUCAACAAUUCUGACGGUUAUGCUGACGCGGGGCAGCACAUCUACGAAAUUGCUCAACAAAUGAACGACAGAGGUGACUACUUCCCCAUCUUCGGUACCUGCCUGGGCUUUGAGUUGUUGAUCAUUUUAGCUUCUGGGCGUAGCGAAGUAGAAAAUAGGAACAGGUGUUACUCUUACCAAAAUUUGCCUCUACGGUUUACUACUGAUUAUCGGGACAGCAAGAUGUUUUCUGCCGCACCACUGGAUAUACUUGUAAUACUGGCGACUCUGGACGUCACAGUAAAUUCUCAUCAGUUUUGUAUAGUUGACGACAAUCUGAAGAGCCACGGUUUGGAUGAUGAUUGGCUGGUGACGUCACACAGUGAUGAUCAAGACGGCCUCGAGUUUAUAGCGAGUAUUGAGCAUAAAAGAUAUCCUAUCUAUGGCGUUCAAUUUCACCCAGAGAAAAGUUUCGAGUGGAAACUCAGUAAAAAUUAUCCCCACUCAGCAGAAUCAAUUAAGGCGAAUCGUUACUUCAUGGAUUUUUUUGUAAGCGAGUGCAGAAAAAGCGGGCAUUCUUUCAACAAUGCAGCUGAAGAAAACGAGUACCUAAUUUAUAAUUAUAUACCACACUUCACCGGCUUACUUGGUAGCGCUUACCACCAAUGUUAUAUGUUGGAACCUAAGGGCGUACGUAACUAAUAAAUAAGUAAAAGUGAUACAAAGACCACGAUAUAUAAAGAUAAAAAGAUAGAUAAAGCAUUUAUUCAGCACGUGACGUCACAGUAUUACAUAUAACAAAAAAGGAAGAGGAUAUUCUACGGCAAUGAUCUGUCAGCGACACAUCAAGUGCAACAGUUGCACUACAAAUCCGGUACUAUUACUGAUGGAAUAAGAAAGCUCUCAUCGAGCAUCUCGAUCGAACUAUUUGCGCCGCCGUCCUCACAACAACAACUUUCUUAAAUAAAAAUCAAAAAGUGCUACAAAUACAAAUACACAGACAGUGUAUGCAUAUAAAAGCAAAAGCAUAGAACAGUGAACACUUGUAAUUACUACAGUAUAUAGAAAGCAAAAUCAUAGUACAGACAACAGCACAUCAAGUUACACAUUGACGGAUAUUGUUCCGUUGCACUGGAGGCGAUAUGCGAUACUCGAACAAAAGUGCGUAGCUUUGUGUGUCGUAGACUGUAUAUUGAAGAGAGCAGUUUGUAAAUUUGUUUGAAAUUGAAUAAAUAAAUAUAAAAUGUUGGUUAGCGCUUGGUUGGUGUGCAGACAGGAAAAUGAUAACUGAGACGAGAAGACAUUGAAACAUAAAACCAAAGGAAUGACUUGCUUUUGGACGACGUGCUUAUUGUCUGCUCCAUCGCCACCAUUGUUACAUUAAGCUUGGCUUUGUGAACUAAAGACAAUAUUUUUAAACUCAAUUUGAAUUAUGUAUUGCAUUUACUAAUUCGUAUGGGUAAAAGGCAUGUUGUCCCAACAUUUGCUGGCGAGAAGUCGAAAGCUGCCACGAAAAACUGUCGUCCUAUAUCUCGCAACCUAUUUUCAUUACAUGCUCCAAAUAAGUUUUGCUCCUGUACAGUUGUAUAGAGUCGGCGCAGUAUUUUCUUCUUCUACCCAG